UGGACGAUGGUUUUUACACACCUUGAGCUGGAGUUUAGAUAUGUCGGACAGAAACUGAGAGGCUUCACCUGCAAGCUGACGCGCUCGACCGAUGGCUACCUUCCAGAGUCUUCUGUGCAAAUCACUGUUCAGGUGCUGCUGCCGCACGUUUUGGCAGGACUCAGUAUGGUGGCUACAGGAAUGAUCAUGGAAACAGUGCAACACUGGGAAAUGUUUAAGGAAAUCUCUGAAGUGUUUAUCUUGGUUCCUGCUCUAGUGGGCUUGAAGGGAAAUCUGGAGAUGACUCUUGCGUCCAGACUCUCCACAGCAGCCAACACAGGCCAGUUAGACAACCCCAAGAAGCGGAUACUAAUUGUGUCCAGCAAUUUGGCCCUAAUCCAGGUGCAGGCCAUGGUGGUGGGCUUUCUAGCCACACUGGCUGCAGGAGUGUUGGGUGCAAUCAGUAAGAACAGAGUGGACCUUCAGCAAUCUGCUGUACUGUUGGCCAGUGGAGUGACCACAGCCUUUACCGCUGCUCUUACUUUGGGGCUGGUCGUGGUGGGAGUGAUCAUUGGAUCUCGAAAGGUGGGCAUCAACCCUGAUAAUGUGGCCACACCAAUUGCCGCCAGCCUCGGUGACCUCAUCACCCUCUCACUGCUGGCAGGGAUCGGCCGCUUCUUCUUUCAGUUCAAAGAGUUGUGGUAUGUGUCUACAGUGACAUGUGCCACAUUCCUCUUGCUUAUCCCUCUCUGGUUGGUCAUCACUCGCCGCAAUCCAGCAAUCAGAGAGGUGCUGAGGUCAGGCUGGCACCCUGUGAUCGCUGCCAUGCUAAUCAGCAGUGCCGGAGGUCUGAUUCUGGAUAAGACUGUAAGUGACCCUCAGUUUGAAGGCAUGACUGUGUUCACACCCAUUAUUAACGGUGUAGGCGGGAAUCUAGUUGGGAUUCAAGCUAGUCGCAUCUCUACCUAUCUGCACUGUGUUAGCCUGCCUGGAAUCUUACCCCACAGCAUGAAAGAGCACUGUCCUCACCCCGGCAGGACCUUCUGCUCCUCAGGAGUGAACUCCACAUCUGCUAGAGUUCUGCUGCUGCUGGUGAUUCCAGGCCACCUCUUGUUCCUCCAUACAGUCUACUGGCUGCAGGGGGGCCACUCCACCAUGACCCCUGCUUUCAUCUGCUGCUACCUGUUUGCUGCACUGCUGCAGGUGCUAUUACUGCUCUACGUUGCAGACGUGUUGGUGCGGCUGAUAUGGCGCCGUGGUCUGGACCCUGAUAAUUUCUCCAUCCCGUACCUGACUGCGCUGGGAGACCUGCUAGGUACCAGCCUCCUCGCCCUGACUUUCAGAGUAACCUGACUCCAGAAAGAGCAAGAGAGGGAGAUUUUUUUUACUAAAUGCAAAUCCAUCAACUCCAGUUGUGGUCUGAUUCUAAUGUAUAGUGCAUAUGUGAGUGAAAGAGAGACAGAGACAUAAAUAAGAAAUAAGAAAUGCUGUAUUUGAUUGAAAAAUCUGAAAAACAGGAAUGCAAUAAGAAUCAUUCUUCCAUCUCAUAGACCUCCAUGAAUCUUCACUUCCACGUCUAAUUCAGUAUCAACUAGAGUUCAGUUAUUAUUAGUUCAAUUAUUAUUGGUUCAAUUAUUAAUAUUAUUACUUCUACUUAUUAAUACUUUAGUGGAAAAUUCUAGUUCUUGUUGCUACUGUUUUCUAUUACUACAGAGUAUGUUGAUAGUGCACUACUGCACAGUAUGAGGAAGAACAUACAGUUGUGAAACAGCCAGUUUUGAGUCAUAUAAAGCGCAUCUGAAAUAAUUAUGAAGUGACAUCAUUUUGUUUUGGCUCUCUACUUUGUACAUUGGAUUUGAAAUGGAAUGAAUAGAAUGAAUGUCAUUCCGUUCAUUUUUCUUCAGUAGUCCUUGAACCUCUUUAUCUACAAGCUGAAGAGAGUUCAUCAUACUCUGUAAGUAACAACUAGACACGCGUGGACUGUCCCACAGUUAAAAAUGGGUUUCUCUUUGUGAUUGAAAUCAUUAUUUGGCCAUCCAAAAUUUUGGUAUAUCAUUUGUAAGUCGUUUGCUCUUUUGAAACCAAGCAGCUCAUUCCCAGCCAAACACAUUUACCAAGCUGUUGAUUUUAACAUAACUUCAUCUCUGACUGAGUUUGGGUUUUUUGGCUAAAUGUCUAAUUCCUUUGGUCUCCUCCUUUUAAAUCCAUUCCACAGGGUUACAGAGCCAAAGCACACAAAGAUGGCUGAUUUCUUACAGUCUGCACUGUAUCGAUGCCAUCAUUACAGUGUUCAGCAGAAGCUAUUUACUGGAAAUG